AUGAAGUUUACCAUUCUUUUGCUUGCAGUAGCUGUCUUCUAUUCUGUAUCAAUAGUGGGUAAAUCGAUUCUCAGUGAAUUGGGACGAAUUGUAAAAGAUGCUGUUAAAACAACAACAACGGAACCACCACCUCAGAAUGUUGUAGACCAGGCACUUUAUAAAGGAAUUGAUUUGGUUGACAGCCAAAUUCAAGCAAACAAAGAAAUGAUACUUACAAAAAUUGGCGAAUAUGGAGAGAAAAUUGGCGUUGGCAAAAGUGUAUCAGAAGCCAUGGGUGCGCAGUUACUCCGAGAAGGUUUAAAAAAAGGCAAAGAUUUGCUGAAAAAUUUAAGACAAGGAAGUGCGGAAAUUUCGAAUAAGAAUCAACAAAAACAUCAAGGAACAGGUUGA